AAUUAAUGAACCAUUCUAUAGACUAUUAUAAUAAAUAGUAACAAAAGCUAUAUGAAUACAUGGUCAGCCUAACUCAGAAUGUGACUGGAGUGGAGAAAAUAGUAAGUUUAAUUUUUGAUCAUAGUUUUAAGAUUUGAUCAAAUGUUUACAUGCAUUUAGUCAGGAAAUAAAGGUAGUUGGUGAGAAAAUGCAUACUCAAAUUAGUUGCGGAAAUGAACCUGAUAUUUUAGUUUGUUUAUAUCAAUAAGUGAGCAAUUACUUAUUAAGAUUAUCACAAAAUUGGGAGUCCACAGCUUAGAAGUUAAAAAGCGAAAUUGCAGAACCAUACACUCAAUUUGUUCUAAAUUUUAGAUAAACAAAUCGAACUUUGAACUCAGAAUCAAAAAAACAGGUGACUGAAAUAUGGGAAACCAGAAAGGAGUUGUGUAAAACCUAAGAUGAAUAUUGGAAAAUAAUGAAAUAAUUUGAAUAAAAAAGCUAAUAGACACAAGAGAUGAUAGAUUUGAUAGAGAAAGGCAGCGCUACAAGAGAAGAUUUUUAGAAAUAAUUUGCCAGUUCUUUAAAAUUGUAGGAAUUGGUUGAUGAGUCAGAAAAAGAUUAUAAAAAGUUAUUAACAAUAACAAAUGAGAAAUGGAAAUCAUUCCAUGAAGAAUGGGAUAAUAUAUUUGCAAAUGUGGGGUUGAAUGAAUAAAGUAGGUAUUCAAAAUCAAAUUUAUACUAUAUAGAAUAAUGUUUACAAAAUAAACUGUUAGUUCCUUAUUAAAAUUAUUACCCUUUGAUAAAGACUUAACUCAAAUAGAAGAAAAGGUUACAGAUUUGGAAAUUAAACUGAAAGAGGAUCCUAAAAUACCUAUACUUAAAUUGAUAGAAAAAAAAAUGGAAAUCAAAGAUAGUAGGCAUUAAGUAAUAUAAUUAGCAUUUAAGUUUUAAUUCGAGGAAUUUAUUAGCUAUGAGUAGUGGAAGAAGAUAAACAUCAAUUCAGAAUAUAGUGUUCCGAUUCAACAGAUCUAACCCUAAUGGUAAAUAGUCGGAGACAAAAUCUUAGAAGAUGAAAAGAAAUUCGUUGAUAAGUAUCUCACUUCAUUGUUCACACUUGAUACUACUGAUAAAAGUGAGUAACUUAUUAAAAUUAAGCAAAUUCUGGAGAAAUAAUCAGGCAGAAACUACUUUAUUAAUUAAUUAAUUCAAUUUCAUUCUAAAUCAAUUGAGGAGAAAUAAUCCUGUAUAUAUUAGUAAUACCUUAGCUUUUUAUUUGACAUUAUCAAAUGAACAAUUUUAGGAGGUAACAUAAUUGAUAAGACAUUGGUUAAAUUACAUUGAUUUGAACAAUCUUUAUGAAUCAGAAGACCUUUAUGAUUUAUUACUUAAAUCUAUAAGGAUAGUACGGAAAGAGGGUAGAGAUCGAAUCAAUCUUGCAUCUCAAUUAUCAGAUAUAGCACUAUGGAGGAAGAUAGAAAAAUGGAUAGAACUAUUUUAAUAUAUCAAUGCGAAGAAAGUAGAUGAAAAGAGAAAGCAGGUUGAAUUAUUGAAAUAACAAAAUUAAAAUAACAUAGUUUAGAAAGGCUUCAAAAUGAUAGGAUCAAUUUUUAGGAAUUCAGGAGCUAACCAAUAAACCUAAUUUGAACUUAAUGAGAGUUAGAUAUGUUACAUGAUAAUGGAGGAAAUCAACUUAUUUUUGACUUCAUUAAAAUUAUCAUCUGAUUUAUCCACUGAAAUCAUAAUACAGAUAGCAUUUUAAUAGCCGAGAUUCGAUAAAGAACAUGUCAAAAAGUUAUUAGAGAAACAAGAAGAUCUUCAUAAUACUCAAUGGAAAAAAUUGUUUAAAUCAGGGAAAAUUGUGUUGACCUAAAAAUCAGAGAAGUAUGAUCGAAAGAACAUGGAGCAAUAUUAAAACAAAGUCGUACAAGUCUUUGGUGCAGCAAUGAAGUAAUAUAUUCAAAUAAUAUUAGAUAUUUAACUAUUGAUGAUUAGCCAUGGCAUUUGUUAUUAAUAAAUAGACAAUUUAGCAUGUAAUUAAAAAAUAAGAUAAAAAAGUUUUAUUUAGCUAAUGGGCAGAUAUUGUUUAGUGAAAAAACACAUUAAUUAAGAUUAAAAUUAAUAGCAUAAGUAUUAAAAUUGGAAUAAAUGAAAAUUGAUUAUGUUGAAAUGAAGACUAAAGUUGGGUUAGAAAUGGAUAUCAAUUAAUUAUAUGAGGAGACUAUUAAGUUGGAUGUUCAAAGAAGUCUGCAUCUUCACAAAGACAAAAUUAAUUCUUCGGUACUUUAGAGUUUAUUAAGAAUAUAUGCAUUUUAUCAUUAAGAAGUUGGAUAUUGCUAAGGAAUGAAUUAUAUUGCAGGCUAUUUGUAUCUAAACUUUUAAGAUCAAGAAAUUGCAUAUAAGGCUUUUGAUAGAAUGAUGAAUCUCUAUUUCAAAGAUCUUUAUAUUAAUGAUUUCUCAAAACUUGUAUUUACAUAUCUUUUAUUUAUAGAAAAUUGGAUUCUAUUAAUUUGAUCGACUACUACAGAUCUUUUUACCUGAAUUGUCAUAACAUUUAAAAGAUUAGAAAAUAGAUCCAUCAUAUUAUGUAGCGUCUUGGUUCAUAACAUUGUAUUCGAAUGUUUUUUAGUAUAUUCAAAGAUCAGCACUUUUAAAUAUUAUAUGGGAUAUUUUUUUGGCAGAAGAAUGGAAAGGUAUCAAUCUUCUUAUUUGUAUAAGGUUUUUUCAAAACUACAUUCUAUCUCCUUUGGUUGUUAUAGCAACAUUUAUUAAAUUUGGAGUUUGAUGAUAUUCUGCAUUAUCUAGGACAACUUAUAAAAAGUGAAUUUUUUAAUAUUGACAAUGAAAAAGAUUUGAUCAAAUUCAUUUAAAAAUAUGAUAAAACUCUUAAAGAAAAUGAAUCAAUCAAAACAACAAUACUGUAGAAAUUUAGAAUUUCUAAUAGAAUGUUGAAAAACCUGGAUUAGGAAUAUCAUAGCUUUCAAACCAAAUUGAAUUAAAAACUGACUUAAUGUUUGAAAAAAUGA